AUGCAGGUUGGCUUAAUGGCCCAAAUCUACAGCAAAGCUUCUUUGGUCAUCUCGUGGCUAGGCCCAGCAGACAAAGAUAGUGACCAAGCUUUACCACUCAUGCAGCGUCUCAAUAAGUUGAGGUGCUUCGACGAUAUGCAAGGGCAUCGGCAAUGCUCAAGAUAUUCGGAUUUCAUGGAGAAAAACUUGAGCGAGAAUGACACUACGGAAAUCGACUCGAUUCACAGCAAGCAGUAUGAGAGUUUGACUCGCUUCCUUGCAAGACAGUACUUUUUUCGCUGCUGGGUCCUUCAGGAAGUCAUGCUUGCUCGGCGCAUCUGCAUGCUGUGUGGAACGGACAUUGUGGACUUCGCGGACCUUCAGAGGGUCGCAUUGCUGGUUGCAUGGAUCAAGAAGCAUCGUUUCCAUGACCCGAUUGGGCAAGCUUUGGCCCUGCCCAUCAAACCUAAUCGACACUACGAUCACGAAAAGGCUAUUCUGGAGUUAUUUCAAGAUCGAUGGCGGCUGUUGCACAAACCUGCAACACAGGAACAGAUGCUACCCUUUACUUUUGAACAGCUCCUUGCCUUGGCCCGCAUCUCUGGAUGUGAAAAUCCCAAGGACAAGAUUUUCGCAUUACUAGGCAUCCUACCUCGUGGUGCUUUUGGGCUAACUGCUGACUACAAUAAGACGACAGAGCAGGUGUACGUUGAAGCACUCCGAAGCCUUAUUCAGGAAACGAGAAACCUCAACUGCUUGAGUUGGGUGACGGAUAGAUUGGUACGAAAGUUUCCGGGUUUCCCAACUUGGGUUGGAGAGUUUGAAGACAAAGCCUAUCAAUCAGAGCUGGCCUUCGCAAGUGUGGGCCACAAUGCCACUCUGGGAUCAGAAUUUGACGUAUUGACUAUCGCGCUUGAAAACAGCCGCCUGCUUCGAGUUCGCGGUGCUGAAAUCGAUCAUAUUGUGGAGUUAGCCGAGCCAUGGGAAUGGCACGCCGGGCGCUUGAAGUUCGAUCCUCGGUGGAACACUCUUACACUCAAGCUUCCAAAACUCUAUAGCCCUACGGGAAAGACACGAGGUGAAGCGCUGGUUACUACACUAGCGGCCAAUCAUGUUGACCAUCUGCCUCUUGAUCAUCAACCCAACAUGGACCAUUUCAAACACGUGGUGCGGCGACUAACCUGCGCUGCAGUCAUCCGCCAUCUCCAUAACCUGUUCUACUACUCCGAUACAACGAAACCAAAGACGGCGUACUCCGAUACAGCUUUGUCGAUUCUGCGCGAUGUAGAUAUGCUAUCUGAAGGCGAUAACACUGGCUUUAUCACAUCUUGGGAUGAAGUCCGGCAUGCGGAGCAGCAAAGCUGUACCUGUAAGGCGAAUCUGUCGCAUACUGACGCUGGCCGUACAACUUUACCUCAUCCUCCACUCGACCCGACAUGUCCUUACAUCGCCGAUCUCAAUCGCCCGGAUCCUCGCAGCCAUCCCUACAAAACUUCCAUUAGCGACCGUAUAUCGCGCCUUGGGGCUGCAGCCAGUGAUCCAGACAUUACGCGAAAUUGGAAAGACCACAACUAUGGUAGUGCGAUUAAUAGACAUGGUCAAUUCCGGCGUUUAGCGAGGACAAAGAACGGCUAUUUGGGUCUAGUCCCGACUAGCUGUGAAGUUGGAGAUGCAGUGUGGUUGUUGCAGGGCGCCAAUAUUCCUUAUGUCUUACGAAAUGCCGGGCAACCUACUAGCGAUGGAGAGACAGGAAGAGUAUGGAAAGUGAUGGGUGAUUCAUACAUACACGGUGCUAUGCAAGGAGAGGUAUGGAAAGAUGUCAAAGAUCAGCUUGUGGAUAUUGAGCUGAUCUGA